AUGGCUGAAUCAGUUUUGGAUCCUAUUUUUAUUGGAAGGACUUUAAACAUUAGAGAUCUUAAUGAAGUGAUUGCUUUACUUGAGAAACAUCACUGCAGCAAGGCAUCAUAUCAUAAACUUGGUCUGCGUCUUAAAUUGUCUCACAAUACACUGGAGAAAGUAAAGAAAGACCAUGGAGAAGUUGAUCUUUGCUUUACAGAGUGUUUGGCUAGCUGGUUGCGUAAAGCUGAUGGUGUGGAGACUCCAACAAUAGAUACACUGAUAGCUGCUCUUAGAGGAAUAGGAGAGAAUGCUGUAGCUGAUGGUAUUAAUGAAGAAAGACAAAUUCAUAAUUUGGCAAGAAGUGAAAUUACUAGUAUAAAUCAAGACGACCCAACAGCCACAUCUACAUUGGAAAUCAAUGAAGAUCGUUCACAUGAACCAGUAGUUCUAGGUGUGCAUGAUGUACAUGAAAUGGAAAAUAGAAUACAUCGUCCUGAACUACAUCUAAUUGCUUCUUCUUUGCAACAGAAGUAUUAUGACUUGGUGGUGGAUGUGAGACAGUCACUAAUUCAUCACAAUGUUGAUAUCAAAGGGAUUAAAUUGCUCAUUGAGUUAUAUUUGAAAGGAGAAACUCGAAAUCAUCCAGUGCUGAAAAAAUAUCUUGAUCCUCUUCGGAAGAUUCAUGAUUUCGAUAGUUUGUUUCAUUUCCUAAUUGAUAAUCACUUCAUUGGUUAUCUCAACUAUAAUCUGUUGAAAAGAAUAUCAAAACAUAUUUCACAAGAUGUUAGACUUAUGAAUCAAGUCGAUGACUAUGAAAAAAAGUAUGCUGAGCUACUUAAUGAAAUUUUCUGCAAUGAUUUGGUACAUUUGUUUAACGAAUGGUCCCACCUUUCUCCCAAUAUUCCUAUUGGUUUGCCUUGUAUCUCUUUUCGUCUUGGUUCCCCUUGGUUCCAUUCUAAAUUUUACACCUGGUUCUCAACCUUUGGUGAAUUUUCAUGGUCAUAUUUUGCGUUUCUUAAACAGUUAAGAAGGAACUGUAUUAUCAUCACUUAUGCUAUACUACCAUGUGUUCUUGAUGAUGUCAUGAGAGAUCUCAAGGAUCCAGUGAUAUUAAAGAAGCUAAAGGACAAUGACGUUACUGUAUUUGAAUUACCACAAGAAGAGGAAGAAGAUUUUGAGGGCAAGGAAGAAGUCAUACAGACCACAUUAUCUGAGGGACACAUUCCCACCACAAGUACUACUACUUUGACAAGUGAAGCUAAUACUCAACAAGAAGUGUCUCUUUUUAAACAGAGGCCCGAGGUUGCAUCAAUUAGGAAAGAAGUUAAAAGCUCCAGUCUGGACAGAGAAUUGAUGAGGUCUAUAGAGUCUCAUAGUAAACUUGAGGAGGUUAUUGGUCUACUUGAAGCUGGAGCUGAUCCUAAUGUUACUAAGUAUUCUGGUGGUCCUUCUGCUGUUAUUAUAGCCACCGAAAAGAAUAACAUUGGAAUUGUUGAAGUGCUACUUGAAAAAGGAGCUGAUCCUAAUGUUACUGAGUAUUCUCGUGGUCCUACUGCUCUUAUUAAAGCCAUCAAGAAGAAUAACACUGGAAUGGUUGAAGUGCUACUGAAAAAAGGAGCUGAUCCUAAUGUUACUGAGUUUUUUGGUGGGCGUUUUGCUCUUAUUAUGGCCAUGGAGAAGAAUAAUGUUGAAAUUUUUAAAGUGCUACUUGAAAAUGGAGCUGAUCCUAAUAUUGGUUUUGAUACU